UACGCUACGCCCACGUGACAUCAUCCAGGGUAUUUACAUGGAUCAGAGAGACAGAGCUAAUGCACACUGCUUUGGAUGGCUGUGCACAUCACAACCAUCCAAAGCAACACAGCACACAGUUAACCCUUUGAUUGCCCCAGAUGUUAACCCCUUCCUGCCCAGUGCCAUUAGUACAGUGUUAGUGCUUUCUUUUAGCACUGAUCACUGUAUUGGUGUCACUGGGGAUGUCAGUGACACCAAGUCAGUUCCCCUCAGUGUCAGAAUGCCCGCCACAGUCCCGCAGUCCCACUAUAAUUCGCUGAUUGCCGCCAAUACUAGUAAAAAUAAA